AUGACGACAGGAAAACCCCGACGGCGGCUCUUUAACAGCCCCGCCAAAGGUGGUGCUGAUAGCGGCGUCCGUAGCGCCGACAGGGGCGCCGCUGACCCUGUCCCCGGCCGCGCAAUGACUUCCGGCGACGGAUUGAAAGAAAACCUCGAAUCCCGGCGGAAGCGCGGGGCGUGGACGGCGGCGGAAGACGCGGAGCUGAGCGCUUACGUGGCGAAAUUCGGCGCGGGAGAUUGGAAGCACGUGGCGGAUGCGACGGCGCUGAAACGCGACGCGCAGAGCUGCCGUCUGCGGUGGUCCAGCUACCUGAAUCCUAAGGUCAUCCGCGCGCCAUUCACGCCGGGAGAAGAUGCGCAGCUGCUAGCGAGAGUCGCAUGGGACUCCCCUUGUUAA